AUGAGUUAUGCCCCCGCCUUCUCCCUAAUCCCUGCAAACAGGCGGUGCACAAGGAGGCUGCCAGAAUGCCAGGUGUGUCUGCAAAACGCAGACAACUUGCUGCUCUUGAUCGAAGGCCCAGCUUCAGUUAUCAGCAAUGAUGAUGACUCGGCCAGCCCACUCCAUCACAUCUCUAAUGGGAGUAAUACCCCUUCUUCUUCAGAGGGCGGCCCAGAUGCUGUCAUUAUUGGAAUGACCAAGAUCCCUGUCAUUGAAAAUCCUCAGUAUUUUGGCAUCACCAACAGUCAGCUCAAGCCAGACACAUUUGUUCAGCACAUCAAGCGACAUAACAUUGUUCUGAAAAGGGAGCUAGGAGAAGGAGCCUUUGGAAAAGUUUUCCUAGCUGAAUGCUAUAACCUCUGUCCUGAGCAGGACAAGAUCUUGGUGGCAGUGAAGACGCUGAAGGACGCCAGUGAUAAUGCACGCAAGGACUUCCAUCGUGAGGCUGAGCUGCUGACUAAUCUCCAACAUGAGCACAUCGUCAAGUUUUAUGGUGUCUGUGUGGAAGGCGACCCGCUCAUCAUGGUCUUUGAGUACAUGAAGCAUGGGGACCUCAACAAGUUCCUCAGGGCGCACGGACCCGAUGCAGUGCUGAUGGCCGAAGGCAACCCGCCAACUGAGCUGACGCAGUCGCAGAUGCUGCACAUUGCCCAGCAGAUCGCCGCGGGCAUGGUCUACCUGGCGUCCCAGCACUUUGUGCACCGCGACCUGGCUACCCGGAACUGUCUGGUAGGGGAGAACCUCCUGGUGAAGAUCGGGGACUUUGGGAUGUCCCGGGACGUAUACAGCACUGACUACUACAGGGUCGGUGGCCACACAAUGCUGCCUAUUCGCUGGAUGCCUCCGGAGAGCAUCAUGUACAGGAAAUUCACCACAGAAAGUGAUGUCUGGAGCCUGGGCGUCGUGUUGUGGGAGAUCUUCACCUACGGCAAGCAGCCCUGGUACCAGCUAUCAAACAACGAGGUGAUAGAAUGCAUCACUCAGGGCCGAGUCCUUCAGCGACCCCGCACAUGCCCCCAGGAAGUCUAUGAGCUGAUGCUGGGGUGCUGGCAGCGAGAGCCCCACAUGAGGAAGAACAUCAAGGGCAUCCAUACCCUCCUUCAGAACUUGGCCAAGGCGUCUCCUGUCUACCUGGAUAUUCUAGGCUAGGGCCCUUUCCCCAGACCAAUCCUCCCCAAUGCACUCCUCAGAUGGGCCGAAAGGAUGAACAUCUUUUAACUGCCGCCAGAUGCCAUCAAACUGCUGUCCUUCACUCUGACAGUGUUAACAACAGAGACACAGAGAAGCUUUCAGAGGGAAGCAACAUGGACUUCUCCAUCCAUAGACACAGUACUGACUUCUUUUUGGCAUUCUCUCUCUCUCUUUCCAUCUCCCUUGGUUUGUUCCUUUCCUUUCUAUCCUUUUUCUUUUCUUUUUGGUCUUCCCUGCUUCAUAGUCCUUACCCUUUCUUUUUAAUCAAUCUGGCUUCUGCAUUCCUAUUAACUCUGCAUAGACAAAGGCCUUAACAAACCUAAUUUGUUAUAUCAGCAGACACUCCAGUUUGCCCACCACGACUAACAAUGCCUUGUUGUAUUCCUGCCUUUGAUGUGGAUGAAAAAAAGGGAAAACCAACAUUUGACUUAAACUUUGUCACUUCUGCUGUACAGACAUGGAGAGUUUCUAUGGAUUCACUUCUAUUUAUUUAUUAUUAUUACUGUUCUUAUUGUUUUGGAUGGCUUAAGCCUGUGUAUGAAAAAGAAGACUUGUGUUCAACCUGGGAAGCCUUUAUCUAUGGGAGAUUAAAACCAGAGAGAAAGAAGAUUUGUUAUAAACCACAGUAUGGGAGGAACAAGGACAACCAUUGGGAUCAGCGGGCGUCAGUUCCUACGAAAAAUCCAGCAACCAUUGGCUGGGAGGAAUGUAUUCGGCACCUUCCCCGAGGACCUUUCUGAGGAGCAAAAAGACUGUUGAACUCUGUGCCGUGGACUCUUCUUUCCCCAUCACCAGAAAUACUAGCGUGCUGCAGGGAGAAAUGAUGGCUUCUGUGAGGCACAAGAUGGCGGUGCGGCAUAAGCUCAGACACAGUCCUGUCUUUGUAGGUCGUGUUGAUAGCACUGGUUUUUAUUUAUUUAUUUUUUUUCUAGUGUUAUCUGCUGAGCCUUUGUCAAAUUAAAAAUAGGCGGGUUCUUGUCCAGCUGUUAUUUCAGGGUCAGGUGGGAAGGCAAAGGACUUAGAAAACAUAGGACAGCUAUAAAUUUAGAGGCAAGUUUCUCUUACACUGAACUUUUUGGAUAGCACUUCCCUCUGACCCCUACCCUCCACUCCCACCCAUCCUUUUAACUGUGCAAGCAAACGUGUGCAUGGUCUUUGUCGAUUAAUACCUUGUGUGCAGAAACUACCACUCCAGAUGUGCCCCUGAUAGGUAGAGCAGAUCCCUAAAAGGUGGUACGUAUAUAAUUAGGGGAAGCUAAUGGAGUUCAUUAGCUGCGUAUAAAUCUCUGCGCUGUGUGGCUGUGAUGGGUUUAGCGGAUAUGGACCCUGAAGCCUGGAUAUUCUCAUCCACGUCAAACCCAUGUAAUGGUGGGGGGGGGCAGAAUUGCUCGCAAAAGGAAACCUCACCCUGGGGACAUCACAUGCAUUAAUAUUCAGUGUACACAGGUUAAGUCCCUUGCGCUGGACUCUGGUUGGGAGAGUGGUUUCAUUCCACAUGUACUUCCAUUGUCCAUAUGCUGUUCUGUUUUCUUCGCUCCAUUAAGAUAAAACUAAAAAAUUCAGCACAGCAUGCCAAUGGGAGGCUGUGUCCCUACUGAGCAUUGGAGAUGUGCUUCUGGGCAUAGUCAUUGGUUUUGUGAAAGGAGGCUGUAAAUUUAUAUAUCAAUUUACAGUUGUUUGAAUGACCAGUUACACCAAGGAAGAAAAAUAUUUCUGUUCCUCAAGAAAACUUGCUACCCUCUGUGAGGGCAAUUUUGCUAAACUUGACAUCUUAAUAACACGAGCCAGAUUGAAAGGGAGUGAUUUUAAUACAUCGUAGGUCAUUUUAUUUUGUAUUUGUUUCUGGAGGUACAAUAGCUCUGUUUAGGUUUGCUUAUGCCUGCUAAAUACUGGAGCACCUUGUUUUCCAUUACAGGCUCUGAAAGUCAGUUCUCAAAAUUUCAAAGUUGUAAACUUACAGAAAACAACAGGAAAUCCAGUAACUUCUAUAGUCAAGUGAGGGGAUUGGACAAGGUAAAACCUACAGUCCCUUCAGGUUCUGCUCUGGCCUACGAGAGAUGGGAGUUGAGAUGUUCAUGCUCUUUGUCAGUGAAAAAAACACCCCUCCUGAAUACACAAAACAAUAUAACGAAAGCCAUAUCUCCAUGAUAUAUACACGUAUGUAUAUAUCAUACUAAGGAACCAUGGUACUGUCAAAACACUGUGGAUCUCUGUGAAGCAGUAAGGAAGGGGCAGAUUUGUACAAAAACUUUUCUAGAUUCAAUUAGCGAUGACCUAAACAUCUACACAGGUUUGUCAUUCUGCAUGUUUGGCCAGCUGCUCCGAGGGGAAGAAGUUGCGAGUUAUCAGUUUUAUUUUAACAGAGAACAAAGGAGGGAAUACUUUCAGAGAUCAAAUUCAAGCAGGGCUGUGCAGUUUUAGAGAAAAAAAAUUUGUUUAAGGGAGACUAGAAGAUGGAGUGUUCCAUUUCAGUUUUGUGUUUUUCUUUGAAGGAAAAAAGCAAAAAAUGAAUAAAAAUUCUCUUUACACCUUCUGACAAGUCCCUCAAGGUCUUGAAAUGAAAGGUUCUAUGCAAGUGCAAAGUUUUAUAGUUAUUUAUAUUGCUGAUAUUAUUAUUAUUAAUUAUUUCCUCUGUUGUCUCAAGAGUAUGUGCUGAUUUCAGAGACGUCUCACAUUGAAAGAAUAUCAGAUUGCUUUCACAGUAGUUGAAUGAGUCACAAUUCUGCAUAUUCUUAAAAUAUUCAUAGUUGUUUCUUCACCACCCCCUUUCUCAAGGUCUUCUAAUUUUUAGACAAGUAGCAUUCUCAUUCUAAAAUGUAAUAAUCACCAAAUAUGACCCGCCAUCAGCUACCUUAAAAACCUCAAUGGACAUAAUAACAAACUCCAUUCUCUAGCCCAAACCUAAUCUGACAAUCAUUUCCAUUUAGAGUGUUUAAUAGUUUUCCAAACACUUUUUGCAUGUGUUAGCAAACUAUUUCUAUUUUUUAUAGCUAAGGAAAUUGAGACUCAGAGGAGCUCAGAGACAGGGAAGAAGUCUCUAGUCUAGCUUCUAGCGCCACCGAGACUGAAUCCAAGGAUGCUGACUGAAGUUCAUGGUUCUGUCCUCUAGAGACUUUAAUAUACAAACAAACAGUGCAGGAAAGAAAGUGAGCUAACAAAUUUAUGAAGCAAGAUAAGAAGUUAUAAGAAGGAAAGAAAAUAUUCAAGAAGACAAGCAGCUGAGUAUUGUGAUAUAUAUUCAUGCUCUUAGCUUCAGCUAAAUCCUUGUACACUGAACCGAUGUCAUAAUUAGGCUUAUGUAGAAUACACUUUGAACUAUGCUAUAAAGGAUUAUAUCAGAAUUCAUAUUAUACAUGUGUUCACAUCAGCGCUACCUGUGGUAUUUUCAUGUAUUUAUAUAUGUGUUAUAAAUACUUGAUUUAUACAUAUACAAAUGCACAUACAUAGUGUGUUUAUGUAUAAAUUUAUAGGCUCACAGUAAUAGAGAUAAUUAUAAGUAGGGUGCAGAAUGAAUAAUUUGCUUAAAAUCUGCUAAAUAACCAAAACUUUUUAAUGUCAUGUUGUUGUUAGUGCUUCCAUUCUCCAUGUGGGUAGGACUACAUCGCGCUUUUCAACUCUGUGCAGUACUGCAUGGGUGGAGGGCAUAUUUAAGAUAAUGUGCUUCCCAAAACAACUGAAUCAAAGCCAUCCCACUACAUUGAGUCCUUUCUGUGGUUCCUUACACGGGAAAAUGCAGAGUGAAAUAGCUCUCCUUAUGUAAAGAUCCAAGAAAGGAAGAUUGAUCAUUCUCUUGUUGUUUUGCUCAUUUGUAUUGUGCUCACCUUAUCCCACUAUGACUCCUUUAUGCUUGUGUUCAGAGUCCAGGCAUUCCAUAUAUAUUGGAAUGUUGAGAGCCCAAUGACUCAAGGCCAAUGGUGAGAAAUCCAAGACCCCACACAGUGAGAUGAGCAACUGCUGAGAAUUCCCACAUCUGAGUGUGAAUGCACCAGCCAGCAGUGUAGAAUGCUGUCCUUGGCAAAUCAUCAUUACUCUAAGAUUCCUUGGUCAGAUUGGACUCAUUCUACCUUUCUUUUUGGCAAAUUGGACAGCCUAUAAUACUAAUAACACUAACCUGUAUCUAAAUAAAUGAAUGACUGCAUUACACACAUACCCUUGAUUCUCUUGCUCCCUCACUUUUUUUUUUCCUCUCCUGUUUGAGGACUUCUAUUUUUACUUCUAUUUGACCUCAGUUUGGCUGGCUGUCACUGAAACGAAAUCUCUUGAGAGGAAUGACUAGUGAUCCAACUCUUCAAAUGUCUAAGUUAGCAGUCAGAGCUGAUUCUUCAUGAUACAUAAUUGGAAUGUGGAGACUCUGAGGUUGUGGUAGUUUGUACAUGAAGUUCAAAUGUUACUCUGAUGAAUUAGGGGUGGGCGGGAUUUAUAGUUAAUAAUGGCAGCGCAGGAAGGGGUAUCUUCUUGUUGUCAGGGCUGGAAUAAAUCACUGCUGCUCGACUCAAAGGUUCUAUUGUAUCCUUAGUUUUGCAUUUUUUUCCCCUUCUUCUCCUUUGACCAGUAUUUA